GCGACAAGGGGAGGAGCUCGGCGUCUGGAAUCGCGCAGCGCACGGGAUCGGGCCCCGCAGCCUGGUUCCCGGCCGCCGGUCGGAGCCUGCAGUGCAGUUCGCGGGACACGUGGCCAUCAGGAAUAAUGAGCAACCCAUUUGCACACCUCGCUGAGCCUUUGGAUCCUGCACAACCAGGAAAGAAAUUCUUCAAUUUGAAUAAAUUGGAGGAUUCAAGAUAUGGACAACUACCAUUUUCUAUCAGAGUUCUCCUGGAGGCAGCCAUUCGGAACUGUGAUCAAUUUUUGGUGAAGAAAAAUGAUGUUGAAAAUAUCCUAAAUUGGAAUGUCAUGCAGCAUAAGAACAUAGAAGUGCCGUUUAAGCCUGCCCGCGUCAUCCUGCAGGACUUCACGGGUGUGCCAGCUGUGGUUGACUUUGCUGCCAUGCGUGAUGCUGUGAAAAAGUUAGGAGGAAAUCCAGAGAAAAUAAACCCUGUCUGUCCUGCUGACCUUGUCAUUGAUCAUUCCAUCCAGGUUGAUUUCAACAGAAGGGCAGACAGUUUACAGAAGAAUCAAGACUUGGAAUUUGAAAGAAAUAGAGAACGAUUUGAAUUUUUAAAGUGGGGCUCUCUGGCCUUUCGCAACAUGAGGAUUAUUCCUCCUGGCUCAGGAAUCAUCCACCAGGUGAAUCUGGAGUAUUUGGCAAGAGUGGUAUUUGAUCAGGAUGGAUAUUAUUACCCAGACAGUCUUGUGGGCACGGAUUCGCACACUACCAUGAUUGAUGGUUUGGGCGUUCUCGGUUGGGGUGUGGGUGGUAUCGAAGCAGAAGCUGUCAUGCUGGGCCAGCCAAUCAGCAUGGUGCUUCCCCAGGUGAUUGGCUACAGGCUGAUGGGAAAUCCCCACCCCCUGGUAACAUCCACUGACAUCGUGCUCACCAUCACCAAGCACCUCCGCCAGGUUGGGGUAGUGGGCAAAUUUGUCGAGUUCUUCGGGCCAGGGGUAGCCCAGUUGUCCAUUGCCGACCGAGCUACAAUUGCCAACAUGUGUCCAGAGUAUGGAGCCACUGCUGCCUUUUUCCCGGUUGAUGAAGUCAGUAUCAAGUACCUGGUGCAGACAGGUCGUGAUGAAGAAAAAGUAAAGCAUAUUAAAAAGUAUCUUCAGGCUGUAGGAAUGUUUCGGGAUUUCAGUGACUCCGCUCAAGACCCAGACUUUGCCCAGGUUGUGGAGUUAGAUUUGAAAACAGUAGUGCCUUGCUGCAGUGGACCCAAAAGGCCUCAGGACAAAGUUGCCGUAUCUGACAUGAAAAAGGACUUUGAGAGCUGCCUUGGAGCCAAGCAAGGAUUUAAAGGAUUCCAGGUUGCUCUGGACCAUCAUAAUGACCAUAAGACAUUUAUCUAUAAUAAUAGCGAGUUCACCCUUGCUCAUGGUUCUGUGGUAAUCGCUGCCAUUACUAGCUGCACUAACACCAGUAAUCCAUCUGUGAUGUUAGGAGCAGGCUUGUUAGCAAAGAAGGCUGUGGAUGCUGGCCUGAACGUGAAGCCUUACAUCAAAACUAGCCUAUCUCCUGGAAGUGGUGUGGUCACCUACUACCUGCGAGAAAGUGGAGUCAUGCCUUACCUGUCUCAGCUUGGGUUUGAUGUGGUGGGCUAUGGCUGCAUGACCUGCAUUGGCAACAGUGGGCCCUUACCUGAAGCUGUGGUAGAAGCCAUCACGCAGGGGGACCUUGUUGCUGUUGGAGUACUGUCUGGGAACAGGAAUUUUGAAGGGCGAGUCCACCCCAAUACCCGGGCCAACUAUUUAGCCUCUCCGCCUUUAGUAAUAGCGUAUGCAAUUGCCGGGACCAUCCGGAUCGACUUUGAGAAAGAGCCACUGGGGGUAAAUGCAAAGGGACAACAGGUAUUUCUGAGAGAUAUCUGGCCAACCAGAGAUGAGAUCCAGGCAGUGGAGCGUCAGUAUGUCAUCCCUGGGAUGUUUAAGGAGGUCUAUCAGAAAAUAGAGACUGUGAAUGAGAGCUGGAAUGCCUUAGCAGCCCCAUCAGAUAAGCUAUAUUACUGGAAUCCCAAAUCUACAUACAUUAAGUCACCACCAUUCUUUGAAGACCUGACUUUGGAUCUUCGGCCCCCUAAAUCUAUAGUGGAUGCCUACGUGCUGUUAAAUUUGGGAGAUUCAGUAACAACGGACCACAUCUCUCCGGCUGGAAAUAUUGCAAGAAAUAGCCCUGCUGCUCGCUACUUAACUAACAGAGGCUUGACUCCACGAGAAUUCAACUCCUACGGCUCCCGCCGAGGUAACGACGCCAUCAUGGCGCGGGGGACAUUUGCCAAUAUCCGCUUAUUAAACAAAUUCUUGAACAAGCAGGCACCACAGACUAUCCACCUGCCUACUGGCGAAAUUCUUGACGUGUUCGAUGCCUCUGAGCGGUACCAGCAGGCGGGCCUUCCCCUGAUAGUUCUGGCCGGCAAAGAGUACGGCUCAGGCAGCUCCCGAGACUGGGCAGCCAAGGGCCCUUUCCUACUGGGAAUCAGAGCUGUCCUGGCUGAGAGUUACGAGCGUAUUCACCGAAGUAACUUGGUCGGGAUGGGGGUGAUCCCCCUCGAGUAUCUCCCCGGGGAGAAUGCAGACACCCUAGGACUCACAGGGCGGGAACGAUACACUAUCAGCAUUCCAGAAACCCUCAAACCACGAAUGAAAGUCCAGGUCAAGCUGGAUACCGGCAAGACCUUCCAGGCUGUCAUGAGGUUUGAUACCGACGUGGAGCUCACUUAUUUCCACAACGGGGGCAUCCUCAACUACAUGAUUCGCAAGAUGGCCAAGUAGGCCCUGGUUUCCUCGGAGAUGGGCAUCCUGGCCGCAGCGGGGAGGAAGCGCAGUGCCUACAGCCCGCAGGCCCUGGCGUGGCAGUCUCUCCACCCCAGCCUUUCCCCUCCCCUCUCCUCCCCUCCACGCAGGGGCGCUUCCAGCCCAGGGUGCCCUAAGGUUCCGGUGCCCAUCCUCUGCACACAAAAUCAGCAGUCUCUACAUGCUCUAUUUUUGUUAAUCUUUUUAUCUUUUUCUAGAAUUUGGAAGCUUAGAAUGGUGGGAUUGUCAGUUGUGCCAGGAAGGGAGAGCUGAGCCCUUUACAGUUACUGAUCACAGAAUAUGUUGAUUUUUCACUCUUAGCCUGUACUGUUCAGCUGAACACAAAUGUCUCCUGCCUGAUUUUUGGUUCCUCUGUUACCCUCUGCUCAAUGAAACCUUUCCCUUGAGAGUCCUUUGCCUCUGCAUACUGUCCCAAAGUUAACCGACAAGGCAGAGAAGAACUUUUUCUCACUUCAAAUCCUAGCCAUGACUGUGAUCCGCUCGCCCCGCCUUUUCCUCCAGAGUGAAUGAUCCAGACACCUCGUGGAUGGCUGAGGUUGAAAUUUUUUGAUUAUGUACCUUUUGAUAGAUCAACACUGAAGAAAUAUGGAGGUUUCUUUUACUAUAUUCAAACAUUUUCCCCAGAAAAUGUUUCAUGUAUCGAGAGAACUUUAGAUGUGGUUUUGGAGAGAGAUGCAGAACAUUUCUAAUUUGAAUACGAUUAAAUCUAUUUUCAAGGAAAACUUUUUGACUUUGAUACUGAAUUCUGCUGUGUGUGUGCCCCUCGUUUUGGGAUAUGUAGAGCAGAGCAGAUCUCAGACUGCAGGAUCCUGAAGCCUGGAUGACCUUCGAGUUCUCCUCUUUUUGUAACCACGUCAGUAAUAUGCAGGUUAAAUGGCUGUGUUGAACCUCAUUUGGGAGCAAACAAGAAGGUGGCAAUAGCCUGGUAGCAGUAGCAAUCAUGUAGUCUGGUGAACGGAUCAUAAUUUUUUUAUUUUCAUCUAGGUUAUCUGCUCAUUUUCAUCACUGAAGUCAUUUCAGGGCACAUGUCUUAAGCUACUCCAGCUGCCAUAAUGAAAUAUCAUAGGCUGAGUGACUCAAACAUCAAAAAUUUAUUUUCUCACAGUUCUGGUGUCUGGAAGUCCAAGAUUGAGGUUCCAGCAAAUUCAUUUUCUGGUGAGAGCUCUCUCUCUUCCUGGCUUACAGCCAGCUACCUUCUCACUGUGUCCUCACAUGGCCUUCCCUUAGUGCAUGUGCACGGAGAGAAAGCACGAAUGAAUGAGCUCUCUGGUAUCUCCGUCUUUCAAGGGCCCUACUCUCGUGACCCUUUUUAACCUUAAUUACUUCCCUAGAGGUUCCAUCUCCAGAGUCACAGUGUCCGGGAGGGCUUCGACAUAUGAAUUUUGGGGGACAACAUUCAGUCCAUAACAGGGCACCUUAACAGCUUACAAAUUAAUCUUCUUGUAAUGAAUUUUAAGUCUCAACUUUAGCACUCAGGGUUUGUGCGCUGGUCAGUAGAACACCUAGGAUCAAAUCCUGUCUCCACCUCUUCCCAGAUGACGGACAAGGCAGGUUAUUGAGCGUCCUUGCCUCUGACGUCCUGGGAUCUAGCUUCUGUUCAUGAAUAAAAAUUACAAACAGAACCCUGUUGCACAAGACAAGGCUGUGACCCUCAAAUUAAGAGCAGUCCUAGGAUAAAAACACUAAGAAGGGCUGAGAAAACAGACGUCCACCCCUUAGCCCUCCAUUGUGGAGCGUGGGAGCAGCCUGGUUCCCCACAAUCAGUGCUUAUGAGGAAACAGAUUCCUGCAGCUAUGACUUCUGGAAUGGGAUCCCUUCACUUCUGGACUCCCCUCCUCUACCUCCAAACACACUAUCUUGUUCAUUGAUAAAAUGUCUCAGCCAGUGUCCCAUCCUUGCUCUCCACAAGGCUGAACAAAUAGACCCUUUUUACCUGGUUUCUCAAGAAGGCACUGGGCUGCUUACUCUCCAGAUUAGAAGUGUGCUGCUCUAUGCUAGACCCAGCCCCUCCUUCCUCUCUAUGGGGUUCCCAUCUCCUUUGUUCUUAGUUUUCUAAAUCCAUUCCUGCCUGAUCCCUCCUAGGGAAACAAGCGCUCCUUGGUGUGCACAGUGAGUUCACUGACCAACUUUUUUAAUGCAGCAAAUAAGCACAUGUGUCUUUGGCUAUGGGACAGCCUUCAUGUAAGUG